AUGACACCUCACACAGCCCAGUCUACGCCGUACGAAACCACCCCGUUCCUACUAGACCCCCCCAUCCCUUCCCCAAUGCCUCAUAGCCACGACCACGACUCCUUCUUCGGCGCCCUAGGCUGCACCUUUUCCAUCGUCCUCACCGUCCUCGGCGCCGCCUACGGCACCGCCCGCUCCGCCCCCGCCAUCUUCGCCUCCGGCAUCACCCGCCCCGAUCGCAUGAUGCAAAACACCCUGUGCGCCGUCAUGGCCCAGAUCCUCGCCAUCUACGGCGUCGUCUCCUCCGUCAUCAUCUCCGGCGAUAUCCGCGAGCGCAUGGCCCUGCACACCGCGUUCCUGCAGAUGGGCGCCGGUUUGUCCGUUGGUUUGUGCGGCUUGGCUGCUGGGUUUGCUAUUGGCGUCGUGGGCGACGCGGGUGUUCGAGCGAGCACCCAGCAGCCCCGACUCUACUUUGGAAUGGUCCUCAUCCUCAUCUUCGCCGAGGUUCUUGCGCUUUACGGACUCAUUGUCACGAUUCUCAUGCUUUCUAGCUCCACCCUGAACGUCACGCAGUGCAAAUACUAA